AUGUCAACAAAGUCGGAACGGCGAGACCUCCUCUCAUUCCUCGGCUACCGCGUAAACGUGGAGCUCGACGACGGCUCAACACUUAUCGGCCGCCUCGUCUCGCUUGGUCCAGCAUCGAACUUGAUCCUGACCGAUGUGGAACGCGUUAGACCGUUAAAGCGGCGUCCAGGGAGCUCAAAGACAGAAUGCUACGACACGGUGCUGUUUGUCCGUGGUGGCAGCGUUGUGUCGGUGCAUCACACAAGCGGCAUCACGACGGACCGUAGCGUGGUGGACACUGUUGCCGGUCGGCAAGCGGAGACAUCAAAGACGAUCCAACUGGCAAGCCAAAGCCUCAACACACCCCUGCGAUAA